AUUCUCGCUGAAGCUCAAGAGAGCCCCACAGGUACUGGGACGGGACGAUAACACAAACAAGACCGACUCAUUCAGAUUCUACAGCGAAUCCACAGCGCCGUACUAUGUGGAUUCGCUUCCGGACAUGCCUUUCGAUCUUGGCGAGUUCUACUCGGGUCUCAUCCCAAUUGACAUGAGCAAUGCGUCGCGAGCUCUGUUCUUCAUCUUCCAACCAACCGUCGGAGAGCCCGUCGAUGAGAUCACCAUCUGGCUGAAUGGAGGACCAGGUUGCAGCUCCUUGGAAGGUUUCCUCCAGGAGAAUGGUCUCUUCCAAUGGUCAUGGGGCGAGUAUGCACCACACAUCAACCCAUACUCGUGGGUCAAUCUUACGAACGUUCUGUGGGUCGAACAGCCCGUGGGUACCGGCUUUUCAAUCGGCGAAGUCAAGGCGACAAGCGAAGAGGACAUUGCGAAGGACUUUGUCGACUUCUUCCUCAACUUCGAGAAGAUCUUCGGCAUCUCAAAGUUCAAGAUCUUUGUCACCGGUGAAAGUUAUGCAGGUCGCUACGUGCCCUAUAUCUCCGCCGAGAUGAUUGACCGAUGCGACGAGGACCACUUGAACGUUACUGGGGCGCUGAUGUACGAUCCGUGCAUUGGAGAGUAUGUCUGGGAGCAACAACAAGCCGUCGCUUAUCCCUUUAUUCAAGAGCACAACAGCGUUAUGGGGUACAACCAGACCUUCAUAAAGAAGCUCGCAAGCCUAGACGAGUCAUGCGGCUAUGCGGCGUUCAGGGAGCAGUACAUCGCGUUUCCUCCAAACGGCACCCAGCCCCACAAGUACUUCAACUCCAGCAGCGACGAGGAUUGUGACGUCUGGGGCAUGGGGUACAUGGAGGCAUUCCACCCAAACCCCUGCUUCAACGUCUAUGAGAUUGGAUUACAAUGUCCGCUGCUCUCGGAUCCUCUUGGCUAUCCCACGGAUCUCCAAUACUCGUACCCCGGACUGCCGGUGUACUUCAAUAGAAGCGACGUAAAGGCAGCGAUGCAUGCGCCUAUGGAUGUAGAGUGGCUCGAAUGCAAGGGUUCCGUAUUCAUUGGCGAAGGCGGACCCCAAGACGAAGGCGACCUCUCCCCCGAUCCCAUCCAAUCCGUCCUCCCGAAAGUCAUCGAACAUACGAACCGCGUCCUCGUCGCCAAUGGCGACCUUGACUACGAAAUCAUCACCAACGGCACUCUGAUGGCGAUCCAAAAUAUGACUUGGAACGGCAUGCUGGGCUUCCAGUCUGUGCCAAACACCACCAUUGAUAUUACACUCCCAGACUUGCUCUAUCAGAAUGUUUUUGUUAGCUCUGGGUUUGAUAACGGGACGGAGGAUCCGCAAGGUAUUAUGGGAAUGCAGCAUCAUGAGAGAGGGCUUAUGUGGGCGGAGACAUAUUUGAGCGGCCACAUGCAACCACAGUUCCAGGCUCGAUCGGCUUUUCGCCACUUGCAGUGGGUACUUGGGAGAAUUGAUAGCCUCUAGUCUCUGUAUGGGCUUGAGAUUUGUUAAGCCUAGCUCAUCGGCAAUACGCAUCCGCUAUCC